AUGGAAGAAACCAAUAAUUUCAAGACACCAAGCAGAUUAUCUGAAAAAAGGAAAUCUGCAUUAUGUUUAACUCCAUGUGUACAUAUUCCUGCCUCUCCAUUUAUGCAGAAGCUUGGCUUUGGUACUGGCGUAAAUGUCUACCUUAUGCAAAGAUCUCCAAGAGGUUUGUCUCAUUCUCCUUGGGCUGUGAAAAAGAUUAAUCCUAGAUGUAAUGAUGAUUAUCAGAGUAUGUAUCAAAAGAGACUAACUGAUGAAGCUAAGAUUUUGAAAAGCCUCAACCACCCAAACAUUAUAGGUUACCGUGCUUUCACUAAAGCUAGCGAUGGCAGUCUGUGUCUUGCUAUGGAAUAUGGAGGUGAAAAGUCUCUGAAUGACUUAAUAGAAGAACGAAAUAAAGAUAGCCGAGAUCCUUUUCCAGCAGCCAUAAUUUUAAAAGUUGCUUUGAACAUGGCAAGAGGGUUAAAGUAUCUGCACCAAGAUAAGAAACUGCUCCAUGGAGAUAUAAAGUCUUCAAAUGUUGUUAUUAAAGGUGAUUUUGAAACAAUUAAAAUCUGUGAUGUAGGAGUCUCUCUUCCAUUGGAUGAAAAUAUGACUGUGACUGACCCUGAGGCCUGUUACAUUGGCACUGAGCCUUGGAAACCUAAGGAAGCUCUGGAGGAGGAUGGUAUUAUUACUGACAAGGCAGACAUAUUUGCUUUUGGUCUUACUCUGUGGGAAAUGAUGACUUUAUCUAUUCCACACAUUAAUCUUCCAGAUGAUGAUGAUGAUGAAGAUAAAACUUUUGAUGAAAGUGACUUUGAUGAUGAUGCAUACUAUGCAGCUCUGGGAACUAGGCCACCUAUUAAUAUGGAGGAACUGGAUGCAACGUACCAGAAAGUAAUUGAGCUCUUCUCCGUAUGCACUAAUGAAGAUCCUAAAGACCGCCCUUCUGCCGCGCGCAUUGUUGAGGCUUUAGAAAUGGAUGUCCUGUGA